AUGGAGGAUGAUGCUGACAUUUCCGACAUGUCCAACCUUGCUCCGCCUGAGAUCUCGGACGUUGUGGGCUCUGAGGAACAUGUUCCCGCAGUCCCGAUGACCCCCACCUCGUCGCCCCGGGUUGGCAUCACAUACCCAGUUGCAGAGGGCCGAGAAGAGGGGUUCACAUGCUAUUGGGAGGGAACGAACAGUUGUAUCGGGGAGCAUUGCGUCGGAGAUUGCGGCGUUGAUGUCGUGCUGUGCAAUAUCGUGGGGAUCUUUCAGGAAGAACUGGCGUGGGAAACGCCAUCAACCGAGUUGCAGAACCAGCAGGAGUCUCAAGAUAAGCAAGGUGAUGCACAAAUUGCUGAUGCACGAGUUGUUCGCUGGAAAGUCAAGCAGCCCGACACAAAGUCUCCAGAGCUGCACAGCGCCGAGAUCACCAAGCCUGGGUGGCUACAGGCUCUAUACCUAUUGGCAUGGGAGGGCCGGCUUCCACACAAUGCAUAUGACGUUGUAUACCAGGACCGAAAUGCGUCUCACGACACUGUCGAGCAAGAAGGUUCCACAAAGCAAGACAAUAUCCGCUUCCAGAAACUCAGAGACAAGCUUCGCACCGAACUGGACUGCCAAGUCUGCUAUUCACUUAUAUUAGAUCCGCUGACCACUCCCUGUGGUCAUACCUUUUGUCGUAAAUGUGUCGCAAGGGUUCUGGAUCAUGCCGACCUAUGCCCAAUUUGCCGUCGCAAAGUUGGGAUGCCCGCUGCUUUACAAUCCGAGCCAUUGAACAUCACUCUCGUACGAAUAAUCGACCAUUUCUUUGGGGAUCAGGUCACAGCUCGCAGAGAGGCUCUCGCAGAGGAAGAAAUGGGAGGAGACCAUGAAAUGAACCUUCCACUUUUCGUUUGCACGUUGGCUUUCCCAACAAUGCCAACAUUCCUACAUAUAUUUGAGCCUCGGUAUCGACUGAUGAUCCGUCGUGUCGUCGACAGCGGUGAUGGCAAAUUUGGUAUGGUGAUGUACAAUCGUCGCGGCCGCGCACAAAGCGACGGUUUGGGUAGCGUGCCCUUCAUGCAAUAUGGGACACUCUUAAUGGUUGAGCGCUAUGAGUUGCUUCCAGAUGGGCGCAGUCUCGUGAUAGCGACAGGUGUAUCGCGAUUCAAGGUGCUCGAGGCGGGCGAGCUGGAUGGCUACCAUAUUGCCAGAACGGAGCGCGUUGAUGAUCUCUCACUAGCGGAGGAAGAAAGACUUGAGGCGACCGAAACGGCAGCCUCUGCUAUCCCUGACCCGACACUAGGAGCAGAUGCUGAAACUCCAUUGGAGUCGAUGUCAACUCAGGAUCUCCUCAUUCUAGCUAGAGAUUUUAUUCGCAGGCAGCGCCAAGCAGGAGCACCUUGGCUCCAUCCACGCGUCAUGCUGGCUUAUGGACCUGUUCCCACAGAUGCAGCCCGCUUCCCCUGGUGGUUCGCUAGCAUUCUACCAAUUGCCGAAGAGGAAAAGUACCCCAUCUUAUCUGCAAUGAGUGUGCGGGAGCGACUCAAAAUCUCUGCCAAAUGGGCAAGGGAGCUGGAGGCUCGAGACUGGUCCGCCCGCUCAUCAUUGAAUUCUGUCUUGUGA